GCGACGACGACUCACGUCUCCGAUUUCGAAACACCAGCACGAUCCCAUUGUUUGGACACUCAUGAAUGCGUCAAAGUAGCUAUAGUCUCCUGCCUAGGUUUUUCGUUGGCCCGGUACAUAGCCUAUGAUUUCAGCACUCUCUGCUGGCGGCGCUGCCAUUCACAGGGAUGCCGCCCGACAGUGCCAGCGUACUUGAUAUCGCUAAGCUCUUGGACAAGCAGGACCUGGUGAAUCAAUCUGGAAGCACGCCCAGCGGAGGACCCAACUGUCCUUGCACAUGCCAUGUUCUUCACCACUCGAGCCUGCAUGGAGUCAGCCGCUUGUUCACGGCCUGCCUCUGACAAACUUAGCACAGCAUCGUCACCUCCUCGCUGGUAGACUGGAGUCGGCAGAGAUCGUUGCUACUCGGUUCAACUCGAUCAAGGUUCCGGCUCCGGGUCUGCGGUGGCUGACCGCCCUCCGUCACAUCUCAACACAGAGCAUAAAAGAGCGUCCUUGCCGAAGCCGACGGCUUCAUCUCUCCCGUCGCCACCCCAGCACGAGUACUAUACACGCCACAGCCUACCAUCAUGAUCGCUCAGCAUCUUCAUGCACUCACGCUCAUUUUCUGCUUCUUCGCCGCUGUGCGCGCGGCGCCCCUACGGCCCUCUUCCCGGCUCGACCAAAGCCUGUCUCGAGGAGGAAAAGGCCUCGUGAUGGGGAUUGGGGCCAACCCUUCGGAGCUCCCUGAGCACCUCGAGAACCUGCGAAGGUCUGGCACUCCCUUG